GGGGAAGGGGUGUGAGAGCGGUGGGGAGAGCGAUGAGGGGAGCCCUUGAGGCGGUUGACUUCGAGGGCUACCGCAUUGAUUUGCGCUUGCAACGGUCCAAGCGUACUAAGUUGUGCCUGGAUUGCUAUAAGGACGGCAUGAAGGUCCAUGGUAUUGAUGAUGUGAUCCCUUUCCGUAUUGGGGGCAAGGACUUCAAAGUACACACGGCCCAUAAACGGCGGCCGUGGUGUUUUAAAUGCCAACAGUACAGCCGCGCUGUUGCAAAGGUGGGCUGUGCAUUUCACCCGGCAAGGCGUACGAAGGCGACAGGACGGUUGCUUCGCGAUCCCUUCUGCGCCUCGCAUUGGCGGAUAGUUGACCCAGACCAUGAGGGUUGGGUUUACAUCGAUGAGGCCAACUCAGAAGGGAGAACUAAAGGUUGGGAAUGGGAGAGGAAGGACGACUGCGACCUCAACAGUAAACCCCCGGACCACUGGGUUCCCCUGCACUCGGUGGAAGAGCACCUGGUAGCAAAGAUCGACCACCAAUCGGGUAAGGAACAGGUACUAGAACCGACGCCGGAGUCUUUCCUGAAGGAUACGGAGAUGGAGGAAUGCUGGAAGGUGAUCCCCUCCAAAAAAGCAACAUACAUGCACAAACCAGCACAAGAAUACCGAAAGAAAACAACAGCAAAGAAUGGUAAGGAGAACCUGGUCAGGGACACGAACCACUAUAGGAUUCUGAACGCUGACGCUGAGACGGCAGAGGGGGGGGAGGCCCGGCUCAGAAAUGAACAAUCAGUACACCCCGAAGAAUCCAAAAAAGAAAAAGGAGCGCAGAAAAAGGAAACAGCCGGGUCUCAUCUGCAGGAAGUAAAUCAGCUGGACUCCAUAGCACAAGGGCCAGGGGGGGAAAAACAAAGAAGUAUAGCAGAAGGGCAGGGGGGACAGGGGCCUCAUGCACAGGGAUGCGAGGGAGGUGGGGAAGUAAAGGUCUUACAGGAGAAGGAGGUCGGGUCACUCGAUUAUCAAGAAGAGCAGAAGAGUGGGUCAAAGCACAAAACUGCAAUCAAAGGGGCGGAGAGUGCAGCCUUGGAGGCCAACCCUAGGUUCCUCAAAGGGCUCAGACAACUAUUGACUCGACGGCGAGUAGAGAUAGACGAAAACCCCGAAUCACCGGAAGGGGAAGGAGAGGAAGAAGCUCCGCAAGAAGUCGCUAACCUUCAAAGGAGUCGCGGGGAUUUGGAGGAUCUCGAGAAAGCCUUUGCGGACAUCCGCCUGAGCUUGCCAGACCGAGAAGGUGGCGAGGUCAUGAGGGCACCUCCCGGGACAAAGCUCGGCUUCCAUGCGCUACCCGUAGGAAAGUUGAAUAUCCAGAUCGGGACUCAUCAUACUGACGCAUUAGAAGACGAGGGAGCGGAAAUCACUCUCAUAAGGAGAGAUUUCGCAACAAUCACGGGCUGUACGGUAAAUAAAGAAGUAACAGGAAGCAUUCGGGGAGCCGGUGGGGAAAUUUCGUUCGCUGGGUAUGUCACGAAAUGCGCAGUCAAGGCAAGAAUCAGGGACUCGAUCUGGUCGUUUCAACGGAUUACUGUAAUGGAGGAAAUGGACCACGCCAUAAUCCUCGGGAGGCCGUGGUGUGCAAACGUAGAAAUGAUAGGUAUGCACUUGCACGAUGGCACGUACAUGGUAGACAUAGAGGAUCCAGUGACCGGCCGGGGAGAGCUCCUCCGACUCCUUGGGACGGGAGGAGACCCUCCGAAGGGGAAGUUAGCAACAUGGUCACCAUCUUUCGAAGAUAGCGCACGGAAGGGGGCUUUUGCGCGGAUGGAGGGCAUGAGAGAAAUGGCAGAAAUCAUGAUCGAGGAAGCAUUCAAUAAAAAGGAAUGGAUCAAGAUGGGCCUGGCCCAAAAGAAGAGAAGGCAGGAGGACGAAGUCUUAGGUGUUAUGGUGGCAGAAAGGGAAUCAGAAGUCGAACUCGGGGCCAGCCUGCCCAAGCGGAAGGAAGUGCGCAUCGACGUACCAGAAGUCGCACUCGAGAUUCCUGAUUUGCUACAGCUCGUCAAGGCCAUCAGAUACCACAACGUAGGAGUGGACUUGGUUGCAUUGGCCAAAUUCGAAGGAGAAGUUCAAAAGGGAUAUUGUCCAAACGGAAAAUUAGUCAGGUACGACCAACUUCCAUUGGAUGUUCGGGACAGGCCAUACACCGCAAUGCACACCCCCGUAGGACAAUUGCAGAUGCAGGUGACCCCUAUGGGCUUCACAAACGUGGUAGCCGAAGCGCAACGGAGAAUGCUCGCCGUAGCCGGGGACAUGUUCCCAGAGAAGUGUGAGCCCUACAUCGAUGACAACCCGAUCAAAGGCGCGCAAGAGAAGGAUGAGACGGAAGUCCAGGGAAUCCGAAGAUUUGUAUGGGACCAUCUACAAGAUUUCAAGGACUUACUCCGCCGGUUCCUAGUAUACAACAUUACGGCUAGUGGACCAAAGAGUAUUCUAGCAGUACCGGAAGUAACCAUACUUGGAUUUCGCUGUGGUGCUUACGGUAGGAAGCCAGAUCCGGCGAAGACCGACAAGAUAUCACAGUGGCCAACACCCCUGCGCACGACGACGGAGGUUCUCCUGACGGAUUACCUAAGGUGCCUACCUGCAGAGGUAAGGACCAAGCUGGUUGAUGAGGCCUAUGUCGAACAACAGACCUUCGCAACUCUUAGUAAGAAAGCUCUGGACAUAGAGGCAAAGCUGGGAUCCACGCAUCAGGACGCUGGCGCGAACUCCAGCUAUGGCACCCAGGCGAGUCUCCCCCACGCAGGACUCCGGACAACGAAGACGCUUGGGCACGUUGGGCAGGAGACCCAUAAGGAGGUGGAGGAGGAAGAGGAGAACGAGGGGUGGCCUGGUGAGGUGAUGGGAAACAAGACCACGGAAGUUGCUGCGUCCGGUUCGGGGGUGCGAGCGCGGCAGUCGACCAUCGUCGACUGUGGGGCGGUUUUGACAAAGCAUGAGGAGACUCAGCGGAAGAUCGAUGAUUGGAUGACGGCGCACUGCAUCCCAUUCCACAUGAUGAGGAGUGAGGAAUGGGAGGCGAUGGUGGAAGCGUUGAAGAAUGCACCCCCGUCCUUCCAAUAUGCAAGUGACAAGGGUGCUGCGGCAUAUCACUCCAUCUUGAGGAGUGCGAUAGAGGAGAUAGGGGAGGAUGCUGUAGUUGGUGUCGUAAUGGACAACGCUGCAGUUUGUGCGGCCGCGGGUCGCAUGGUAGAGAGGGAUUACCCACACAUCUACUCCGUGCCUUGCGCAGCGCAUUGCCUCGACCUCAUGUUUGAGGCGUUCUCGAAGAUUCCGUGGCUAGAAGAGGCCCUGCAGCGGGCGUUGGACCUCGCGAAAUUUCUCGUGAACCACGGACGAGUGCGCGACUUGUUGCACGAGAAAUCGAAUGGCAAAGUUGUGGCAAGGCCAGGUGCAACCCGUUUUGCCACAAACUUCAUCACGGUUGACAGCCUGCAGCAGCUGUACCUGCCUCUCCGGUCGUGUGUGACGGACCCAGCGUGGAAAAGCGGGAUCGUGCAACCGGGUCAACGCCACUUGUUGAAGGCGGCGACGGAUUCUAUCCUCGACGACAGUUUCUGGGCGAGCAUAGAAAAAGUGCAGGAGACGUCGAAAGAGUUGCUGGCCCUGUUGAAGUUGGUGGACAGCCCUGGUCCAACAAUCAGCAAGGUGUACGGGCGACUCAACGUUGCGGUAGAGAAGUUAAGGGCGAGUGAAUUCUUCACCGAUACCGAGAAAGACGAGCUCGAGGAGAUUGUCAUGUGCCGCUGGAACACAAUGAAUUCGCCGCUGCAUUGUGCGGCGAUGUUUUUGGAUCCGGAAUACAAGACGACACAGCCGGAGAAGGACGCGGAGGUCUUAGAUGGAUUUUGGUUAUGGGUGUAUUCGUGGUGCAAGCCGUCAAUGUACGUGGAGGUGGAUGCGGAAGUGAACUGUUGGAUUGAGGGCACAAGCAGGUUCAACUGCAAAGCGGCCAGGGCAGCAGCACGAAGUUCACAACCCACAAGAUGGUGGAAGAAAUGGUGCAGCGACAUGCCGCACCUCAAGAAGCAGGCAGUUCGCCUGCUUGGUCAAAGCUCCUCCUCCUCUGCCUGCGAAAGAAAUUGGAGCCUCUUUGAGCGGAUCCACUCCAAGCCCAGAAAUGGGCUGUCGGUGAAGAAGUUGAGCACACUAGUUUACAACAGAUGGAACCACCAUCUGUUGGCCCGCUUAGCAAAAAAGUCGGAAACCGGUGCUGGUGACAUUCCAUGGGAGGAGGAUCGCGUACUCACGGAGGAGGAGCUUGCAGCAGAUGCAAAAGAGCGGGUGGACGAGUGGCGAAACCGGCUGCGUGCAGCAAACGAAGCGCCUGAAGCGAACGGUGAUGAAGAUGACGACGACGAUGAGGACAAUGAUGAACCGGUAUUGCGGCGGUGGAGGCUGCGCAGCGAUCUCCUUCGGCUCGAAGCAGAGCUCAACGAUUCAUGGAGGAAGACGACGCGGCCUUCCAAGUACCUUGCCAGGCAGCAUCUCCGAGAGAUGCAGCGGACGGCGAAGACYAUGACGGCUGAGCACGCUGAGCAAUAUAGAGCUGCUCGUGCGAAGGCGACCGAACCUGCCACAAAAACGGCUAAGCRAGGGAGGGGGAGACCGYGRAAAGCCCCAGUGCAGCAAGUUGAUGAUGCAGCAGCCCAGAGGGCAACAAAUGGAGAAGUGGAGGAGGGUGGUGGCAGCAGCUCCAAUGCAGAAGGCACUGCACCAAAACGGGCGAGACAUGGGCAAGGUAGACCGCGCAAGUCCCUUAAAGACAUGGAGGAGGAGGAGGCAGCAGUGCGAAUGGCAAGUGGCAGCAGGGGUGGUGGCAGUGCCACACGUGAUGCGAGUGAAGAGGAUGGGAGUGAUAGCCCUGCGGACAGGGAGGACGCAUAUGCAGGCGAGGGCAGUGGUGAUAGCCCUGUGGACAGGGAGGACUCAAGCACAGGCGAAGGAAGUGGUAGUAGCUCAGGGGAAGAGGAUGAGUGUGAUUCUGAAGAUGAACCGCUGGCUGCAAAGGCCACAAAGAAACAGAGAACAUCAGGCUAGAGAGAGAGAGAGAGAGAGAGAGAGAGAGAGAGAGAGAGAGAUGAUUAACGUGAGGUCUGAGAUCCCGUCUCAGAUCCGGUCCUGGCCAGA